GGGCAAUACGGUAAACAUACUGCAGCAAAGGACCUCUCUCGAACCAUUUGUGUGUAAACAACCCAAAAUUCCUCACACAGGGCAGGUUAAGAACUAAGAAGGAAGCUUACUCGUCUUCUCCGCAAAUCGCAGAAUCAAAUCUUGUUAUCACAGCAAGUGAGAAGGAUGUCUUCGGGCGCGGCGGUGCCGUUUUGGAGGGCAGCGGGGAUGACUUACAUAUCAUAUUCAAACAUAUGUGCCAAUCUGCUGAGGAAUUGCCUCAAGGAGCCUUUCAAGUCUGAAGCCCUUGCCCGGGAGAAGGUCCACUUCUCCGUUGCCAAGUGGGUCGAUGGGAAGCCCCAAAAACCAACUGUUCGCUCUGAUACACCAGACGCUUGAGAUGGGAGGCUGAUAUUUUUAGUCAAAAAAGUGGGAUGGUUGGUUUUCACUGCCUGAAAGUUUAAUCUGGUUUGCUUGUUCGUAGAUUUUGUGUUAUUGGUUUUAUAAUGCAUGAGCAUUCGAAGACAAGGAUCAUGUUUCAGUUUUCCUGGCAAUUAAUCAACUUUGUAAUAAUGUAAUUGGCAUCAUUCUAUUUCCAGAACAUUCUGCUUUAGCUGUCUAAUAAUGAAAAUUCAUUCUUCUGUGUGUGUCUCCAAUGAUACAUCACAAA